AUGUAAUAACAAUAUACUCAAGGCCUUAUUCAAAUUGAUAAACACUUAGUUGAAUUACAUAAUAUCUCAAAGAAUGAUGAUUAAAUUCUAGAAUCUUUUCAAUAAACAUCUUAAUAAUUAAGUGAUAUCCUAAAACAAAUAAAAACAUUAAUGUAUGUAAAUAAAAUAAAUGCUGAUCUUACUAAAAUUAAAUAAAACAAUACAGAGACAGAUAGAAUUCCAGAAAGAUAAACAAAAAGUCCAGCACCUUCCUUAUAAGAUAAAAUUUAAGGAAUUAUGAACAAAAGAAUGAAAAAGUGA